UCACAAACUUUUGAAUAAUACUCGUCUCCUAGUGUGUUUCCUCCGUUGUGAAAUUGCAGGACUUCCUUCCUUGUCUGCCUCGGGUCGUUGUGACUGGGAAGUUGUUAGAAAUACAGGUUCUCUGCCCACACCCCAGACUUAACUGAAUCAGAAACUCAGGGGAUGAGGCCCCACCAUCAGUGUUUUAACAAGCCCUCCAGGUGAUUCUGAUGCUUGCUUAAAUUUAAGAACCACUGGGCUACCGUAAUGUAGCAAGCUGUACUGAGGGCCUUCUCAAGCCAAGCUGAGAAAGUAAGGGAAAGAAAGGAGGGGGUGGACUUGAGAGAAAUCUUGGAGACAGACUCAGUUGCUUGCGGAGGAGUCAGGGGUGAAGGAGUUUCUGGCUUGGGCCACGGGCCCGAGGUGGGACCUUAAGUGAUGGCUCCAGGUGUCAACCACGUGUGCCUUGCCUCCAGGCCUGCACUUUUCCACGCAGUCACACUAGGGCUCUGUGGCCGUGCCUCCUAGCCGUUUUCAGGUCAUAGGCCACAUAGGAAAUGAUAACAUUUGUACAGUGCCCAGGGGAAAUGGAUGAAGCUGCUUGAGGUUGGAGGAGACCAGCUGGAGGAUUGAGGCUGCUGAAAGCUGGAGGGAACCACCUGGGGGGAUUUGAGCUUCCCAGAGCUGAGGGGAAUUAGUAACCUGUUCUCAGCAUACUGCAGAAGAGCUUUGUCCCAUGGGAUUUGCUGAAGAUCAGGGGUGCUCACUAAAUUUGGCAACAUAAAUCAAGAACCUUGAAAGAGUUUAUACCCUUUGACUCAGUAAUUCCAUUCCUGAAGAUCUCUCCCAAAUAUAUAACAAAAGAAAAGAAAGCCUUCUGUUGUAGAUUACAUACAACAGAGAAAAUUAACAGCUCUCUGGAGAAUCGUUUUUGAUCUAGUCAAUGAAAUGUUGUACUGCCCUUAGGAAUGUGUGAAUAUUUUGUAAAAUCAUACAGAAACCUACGUGCUCAUUCAUUAGACACUUGUCUAGUAAGCCCCUGAUCUGUGCUGAGUGGUGAGCGAGUUAGAUCUGGUCCUUUCCUCCACAGAGCUGACUGCCUGGGGGAAGACCAGCAGCGGAAGGAACAGUAACUCCAAAGAGCGAUUGGUGUUUGAUAGGGGAUCAGGGGCUGCUGCAGGAGAAGCUGGCCUUUGGGGUAUGGGGAGUGGGUCAAGGAAGGCAUCCUAGAAGACAGGGUGGCACUCCUAAGGCCUGGAGGAUGAGUAGAAGUUGGUAUGCAAAGGGGGGGAGGAGCAUUCUACCAAAAGGAACUGUGUUUUAAUAAUGAGUCUGCUGAAGCUGGAGCACAGAGAGGGCACUGGUGAGAGGAGGCCAGAGGGGACGAGCAGCUAGCUCACGUGGGGCCAUGUGCACUGUGAAGGUCAGAAGCUUAGACCUGAUUCUAAGGGUAGCAGGAAGCUGUUGGAGGAUUUUAAGCAAGAAAAGCUGUUGCUGUAUGUGUUUUGGAAGUAUCCCCUGUGGCUACAGCGUGGAGAAUGGAUUGGAGGAGGGUGGGCCUGGAAGCUGGGAGCCCAAGUGAAGAGGCUGUAGCAGUAGCCCAGAUGAAGAAACUGAGCACAGAGGAGUUGAGUCAUGUCCCAAGCUACACAGGGUGCAGUUACUGGGAAGCCGGACUGGGAUCCAAGCUGCCUGAUUCCAGAGCCAAUGCUGUCACCACGCAUUGGUGUCUCCACAGCGCAAGUGCCUUCUUACGCCGGGGUGUGAUGGAAGGGCUGCUGACAAGAUGCAGAGCGCUGCCUGCCUGGGCCACCUGCAGUCCCCAGCUCUCGGGGUACGUUCCUCACAGGUUUCACCACCGUGCCCCAGGGAGAGGGAAGCGCUUGAUGCUGUCCCGCAUGUUCCAGCCCCAGAACCUUCGGGAAGACCAGGUGCUCUCUCUAGAGGGCAGAUCUGGCGAGCUGACCUGUAAGAGCCAGCGGCUGAUGCUGCAGGUGGGCCUGAUUCACCCGGCAAGCUCCGGCUGUUACCACCUCCUGCCUUAUACUGUCCGUGCCAUGGAGAAGCUUGUGCGGGUGAUAGACCAGGAGAUGCAGGCCAUCGGGGGACAGAAGGUCAACAUGCCCAGCCUCAGCCCAGCAGAGCUCUGGCGAGCCACCAGCCGGUGGGACUCGAUGGGCAAGGAGCUGCUAAAACUUAGAGACAGACACGGCAAGGAGUACUGCUUAGGACCAACUCACGAGGAAGCCAUUACAGCCCUGAUCGCCUCCCAGCAGACACUGUCCUACAAGCAGCUCCCGCUCCUGCUGUACCAGGUGACGAGGAAGUUUCGGGAUGAGCCCAGGCCCCGCUUUGGUCUUCUCCGAGGCCGAGAGUUCUACAUGAAGGACAUGUACACCUUCGACUCCUCCCCUGAGGCCGCCCGGCAGACCUACAGCCUGGUGUGUGAUGCCUACAGCAGCCUGUUUGACAGGCUGGGGCUGCAGUGCGUCAAGGUCCAGGCAGACGUGGGCAGCAUCGGGGGCACGAUGUCUCACGAGUUCCAGCUGCCGGUGGACGUCGGAGAGGACCGGCUUGCAGUCUGUCCCAGCUGCGGCUUUUCGGCCAACAUGGAGACUCUGGACUUGUCACAGACAAACUGCCCUGCUUGCCAGGGGCCACUGACCAAAACCAAAGGCAUCGAGGUCGGGCACACGUUUUACCUGGGCACCAAGUACUCCUCCAUUUUCAGUGCCCAGUUCACCAAUGUCCACGGCAAGCCAUCCCUGGCUGAAAUGGGGUGCUAUGGCUUGGGUGUGACGCGGAUCUUGGCCGCUGUCAUUGAAGCUCUCGCUACAGAAGACUGCAUCCGCUGGCCCAGCCUCCUGGCCCCUUACCAAGUCUGCCUCAUUUCCCCCAAGAAGGGCAGUAAGGAGGAGGCGGCCGCAGAGCUCACAGGGCACCUGUAUGACCACAUCACAGAGGCGGUGCCGCAGCUCCGAGGGGAGGUCCUGCUGGAUGACAGGACCCAUCUGACCAUUGGAAACAGACUGAAAGACGCCAACAAGUUCGGCUACCCCUUUGUGAUCAUCGCGGGCAAGAGGGCCCUGGACGACCCUGCACAUUUUGAGGUUUGGUGCCAGAACACCGGAAAGGUGGUCUUCCUCACCAGAGAGGGAGUCCUGGAAUUACUGAGCCAAGUGCAGGUUGUCUGAACGCCCCCGGACCCCUCCCACUGCAUCUCACAGUCUCGGUGUUCAUUCUAACGCUGCCUUUCUUAUAUUGCUUUCCAGAGCUGGUCUCCCCAGAAAGAGGGCAGCUCAUGGAAGGUGAGACCAUGUUAGGAAAACCAAUUGUUAUCCAGUCAUCUGUUCGGACUAUUUGUAUUUAAAGUCAUUAUCUUGAUCCCUUUGUCUGGCUGGCCCUGCUGCCACACAUCAUUCCUUUUAUAUUCUAUUCGGAGGUAGUGGCUAGAAGGAGCCAAGUUGUCAUCUUGGCCCUCAGGAGAGUCACUUCCCUCCUCUCAGAGGAGUUUCCCAUGUGUAGGAUGGGGCCUCCCCAGUGGCCGAGGCCCUUCCAGCUCCAGCAGUCCAACCACGGCCCUCUUGCUGCAUUCGGUCCAGAGAGGCCGCCCGCCUGUCUUCCUCCAUUGAGAAGUUGGCCUGAUGGUCUGGGGAGAAGAAUCAGGACACCUGACUGCCACUGACUCACUGGUGACUUGGACACGACCCCUCCCCUGCUGGGGCCUCAGUUUCCCCAUCUGUGAUGUGAGAAAAUGGAACUAGAUCUGUAAGGUCCUUACAGCUGUGACUGGCUGGUUCCUGGAGAGGUUCAUGACAGGCAGAUCAGAUCUGAUCUGUUCCUCUGAUCCUCCAUCGUCUAAGCUACCCAGAAGGUUAAUACAGUUAGCUAAGGGCCCCCAAACCACCUCCAGAGACCUGGCCCUUCCUCUUGAGGUGGCUUAGCACUGAGAUCAUGUUAUAUUGAUUGAAUAAAGUCAAACUAUUGGGAUGAGCCUUGCAUGUUAAUUGGAAACAGUGCUAACACCUGCCAUGUUAACAGUGCAGUGGCUUCCUGCCUGGAAACUUUCCUUUUUCUACUCUUUCUCCACUCAAAAAAGAAAAUUGGGUGGCUGGGAAAAUGUGUGUUAAACCAUUUCUUCCCACAAGUGUGAGGGGCAGCAGGCUUCAAGUGCCAUGGUGACUUCGUCCUGCGUGCAGAGUUGCAUCCUAGCGCCAUGCACGACAGCGGUGAAUAUUAAGAGAAGGUCUCUGCCUGAGCCCUGGGGAGAGCUGGCAGCGGGCUUGAGCUUUCAUUGCUCCUGCUUCCAGGAGCAGAAUCAGGUUCUCCAUCCUCGGCCCCCAGGGUCAUGCCUUGUCCAAACCUAACAAGAAUCUCUCAGGGCGGCUCAAAGCCACCCCCUCCUGAAACAUGCUCGGCAGCUCCUGGCAGUGGUUCUGUCUUUGGCUCCCCCUAUGCUCGCCUGCUCAGCACCGACGCCCUUCUUUUUUGCUUUGCGGGCACAGCUCACUAUGGCGGCCAGCCUCUUGUUGAUGGUCAGCUCCCUGAGGCUGGGGUCCUAGGCUGAUUCCUAGUGCACUGAAGUUCUUGUCUCGGCCUGUUGUUCUACCUGCCAAACAGCUUCCCAGCAGCUUGUGACCACUGUUCCUGCCAGAGUAACCUCACCCCCAGCACUCACCAUCAGGUUUCCUAAUGAUUCCCAGGCCUGCCGCUGGGCUGUGGGCCAGCAUUCAGGCCAGGAGACAGGGAUUCUGAGAGCAAACCCAGAAAGGCUGGAUCGUAAGGCAGGAAUCUUACCCUUGGCUGCACAGUGGAAUCCCCUGCGUCCCACCCCGAGGUUCUGUUCUGGGGUGUGGCCUGGGCAUCGGCAGUUUUAAAACUCCCCAGAUGAUUCUAAUUCAUAAAGUUGAUGGAGUGCCUUCUGAGUCUACAUUGCAAGGUUGAGUAUUUGAGUCAUUUCGGUUGUGCGUUGUCAGAUUGGUGUGAGCUCUCUGCUUUCAGUGGUCUGGUCAUUCAUUUGUUGAGGGCCUGCAUGUGCCACUGUGCUGUGAGGCCCUUUUAUAUGCCGUGUUCAGACCUUAAAACUGUGCAAGGUAGGUGCUGUGAAAUCCUCAUUUUACAGAUGAGGAAACCUGAAACUCCAUUUGAGCAACUUAAUCAAGGAUGCACAGCUAUUACAUAUCAGAGCUAGAAUCUGAGUACUGACCAAAACCUGUGCCUGUCCCACUAUACCGCAUGGCCUCUGCCUGGGCAAAAUGAGUCCGAUAAGUAAAAGAUUAUUUAUGUCUGUCUGAUCAAGUUAGCCUGAAGUAGAGAAAUUAGAAUUCGUGCAAAUGGGUGCUUUAAAUAUAUAUUUUUAAUUUUAAAUUUGUGCUCCAUAAGCCUACUUAUUUAUGGAAGGCUAGCCUAAUGUAAGAAUAAGCACUUUUAAAAAUCAGAUUCAGACUUUCCUGGUGGUCCAGUGGUUAAGACUCCACCCUUCCACUGCAGGGGGCACGGGUUCAAUCCCUCGGGAAACUAAGAUCCCACAUGCUGCAGGGUGCGACCAAAAAUAAAUAAAUAAAUAUGCAUUUGCCUCCUCAUUAAAAAAAAUCAGACUCAGGGAAUAGAGAACCAAUUAAUUUAAAACGCUCAUAAAUGUGUAUGACACAGAACGAUUUGAGGGUGAUGUAGAAUCAUGGACCUUUAGAAUGGGAGAACUUGGAGCAUGCCUGUCCAGCCCUCGUUUCACAGAUGGGAGACAGGCCUGCAGUGGAAAUUAACCUGCCACAACCCAUUUUACUGGCAAACCGCCUGAUUGCAGGCCAGGUGCUACGUCCCCUAAGUUAGGCUACCUUGGGUCCAUCUUGUUGCAGGGAGUGAUGUCUGGCUGAGUCAGCCUUUGAGCUACAGAAGUGCUGUAGGUUUGAAACAGGUACCCAUGCUGUAUUUUCCAAGGGAGACACAUACAAGGAGCACAGUGAUUUGCUCAAGGUCAAGCUGAACUGAAACCCAGGUGUCCUGAUUACUUAGCCAGUGUCCUGUAGCCAGGGGCAGUAUAAUUUGGUGGAAAGAUCAGAACCUUGAAUAGACAGUCCUAAAUCCACCACUUAGCAGGGAUGUGAUCUUAGACAAAUAACUUGUCCUUUGUGCAUCUGUGUAUCUCAGAUUCUUCAUCUGUAAGAUGCGCUCAUGAUAAUGGUACCUACCUCCCUGGGUUGUCUAAGGGUUGGCUGAGCUGACUUAUAUGAAAACUUAACCCUUAGUGUGCUCUCAGGAAAUGCUUCCCUUACAUGGGAUGACUUAGGAAAUACCCCCAUUGGGAGCUCAGGUUCUGCUGUUAACAUUAUCCCGAGACCUGGGUUUUGUUUUUUUGAUAUGUUGCUUCACAACCUUCCUGGGGAGUGCCACGAGCAAGAAUUAAGUAACGCCUGCAGAAUGGUUCCAUCUCCUUAGAGGAAAGACAGACAUUUUCAAACCGUGUACCUUCCUCUCUCCUUUCUGAACUUGCCAAUGUUACCUCUUGCCAUAAAUUGAUGAAAUGGGGUUGCUGGCAAAAUAACAGGUACAGGCUGUAUUAUCAUUGCUCAUUCCUUGGGGAGAUGGAGAAGCAACUGGCUGAGAAAUGUUUAGCAGAAAUAAUACUUGAGGACAAAGGCUGGUGCAUAACGAAACCGUCGUGUAAAUCAAGUUUAGAAUGUAAAUCAAGGGCUCCAUUAAUAUUCGGUGUUUUAAUGGAAGAAACACCUGCUGGGCUAUCAAUAAAGGAGCUUUGCGGAAACCUCGAAAUUGUCAUUUCCUUAACUACUUGAGCGCCAGGCCUCUUCACAGAGUUCCCACUGUCCAUUUCUACACCUAGAUGCCAGAAUGCAUUUUAGAAUUGUUACGCAUCAAGGGCACACACGGCUUUGUUUUAGGGUUAGGAAGAGGAUUUUUUAAAGUUUUCUAUAAUGUGGAAAAUGGGAAACUAAAGAUUUUUAUGAUGUUACUGUGAACUUUGGGGGAAAAAAGUCAAGGUACUUCAUUUAAUUUAAAAUAAUGACUUACAUCAUAGUGACCCAGACUAGAGACUCUGGUGUCAGACUGCCUGGGCCAUUUAGUAGCUAUGUGACCUUGUGCAAGAUACUUCUCAUACCCCUGUGCUUCCUCAUCGGUAGAACUCGGACAGCAGUGCCUGCUCACAGCAGGUGCUUGGGAAGUGGCAGUGGCCCUUAUGGAAGGUCAGUUAGUCCUCUGCGCUCAGUAGGUGGGUGGGCAGUGCACGUGGGCCACCACAAUGGGGUGGCAACUUUAGGCUCCCACGUUCAGGCCCCUCCUCCGUGCGGGGAUGGUGUCCACUCC